GCGAGCGAUCGAGCCAAGCCAGCCAGACCAAGCCCAAACCCCGUCUCGCUUGCAUGCGCCGCGCCGCGACGAUGGCGGCGGGGCGCAGCCGCGGGAACCCUAGUCGGCGCGCCGUCCUCUUCACCGCGCUCGCACCCUUCGUCACCUUCGCCGACUACCUCAGCCUCCGCCUCGUCGACCGCGCGUGGCGCGUCCACUGCCGCCGUAUCGGCCACGCCCCGCCGCCCUUCCCGUGGCUGCUGCUACCGGAGCGGGAGCGGGAGACGGCGGUGGGGCCGAGGAGGAGGGCUACGGUGCGGCGCGUGUUCUACGACGUGCCCGGAGGGAGAUCCUACGCGUACGAGGCCCCCUCGAUGGACAUCCACCGCUGCGUCGCCACCGGGCACGGGUGGCUCGUCAUGGUCGCCGAGGAGCCGCCCCGCCGCAUCAUGCUGUUCAACCCCAUCACCGGCGAGCAGAGGAUCGUCGCGUGGCCGUUCGUAAAGUGGAACGUGCGGUUCCACGCCGUCCUCACGUCGUCGCCGGCCCACGCGGGCUGCUUCCUCGUCGUCGUGUGGGACAGGCUGCUCGCCUUCUGCCGCCCCGACGACUUCCAAGGAUGGCAAACGCUGCGGUCCCCGGGGUUCCGCUAUCACGCGGCCCGCAGCGACGUCGUCAGUGUCGGCUCCAUGGUGUACGUCGUCGAUGAGAGGAGGCGGCUAUGGCGCGUCGAUCUCGACGACGUGAAUCCCAAGGUGCUGCGCAGGGACACGGGGUUCACGCUGCCGUCGCAGGAGCUGAGGCGGCACUACCUCGUGGAGUCGCUCGGCCACGUCCUCCUCGUGCUCUCGGACGAACGCUACAGCAACGUCGCGCUCUACAAGUUGAACUGGGAAGCCAGGGCGUGGCUGCCGGUGGCCGCCUGCCCCGGCGAGCGCGUGCUGCUGCUCGGCCGCGGGUGCUCGGCGGCCGUUCCGUCCUCGUCCGCGGCGGGACACGCCCCGGGGUCCGUGUUGUUCGCGCACCAGCCGUCGACCAUGCCCGACGUGGACGGCGUCAUCGGCGAUAGGCAGGCGUGGUUCUGGUCGGAGUCGAGGGUUGGCGUGGUGCCGCUGGUGCUGAAGAAGACGGUGCCGCACCGGCAAGGCGACUUCUCCACCACCGGUGACUCGUUCUGGUUCUUCCCGGCAGUUGAUCCAGAUGAAAACGCGAGAUAAAUAGCUUCCAAUUUAUCCUUUUUUUCCCUCUCUAUGUCAACCAGCUCAUGCAGAACAUGGUAAGAUAGGGAUAGCAUCAUGACUUCUUC